ACCUACCUGACCGUCCUCAUUAUCAUCUCCCUGUAAAUGAAAGUAAACUAAACUAAACACACAGAAUUGAGAAUCCUUUCCUGUUCAGUCAUCAGACACCUGCAUGAUUGCUCCCUUUCUCUCUCUCCCUUUCUCUCACGAGAGAAAGGAAUCUAAGCCUUUUAAGUGCUUACUUUUCAGUUUGUAGCGUGUUUUUUCCACCGACCGUAAGAGCUUGACCAAAAUAUCCAUAAUCAAAUGGCCCUUGGCCCCUUUUUUCUUGUUUUGUUAUCUUCUGCAAACACACUGUUCAAAGGUUGGUAUCUUUCUUCCUUCCUUUAACUGAGCAAUUUUGCUUUGCAUUUGUCGUCUCUAAUUUCAUUCCUCAAAGGGCUUUGCUUUUUCCUCCUUCUUGUACUUCAGUCUCGUUUCUCUCUCCUUUUCCCGCUAUCAACUGUUCAUCACAGUAAUGGGUUUUCUUCGUUUUCUCAUAUCAUGAUGAUCUAAUGUUUCCUAUCUUUCUCUCUCACAGUCUCACCAGCCCUGCCCCCUUUAUAAUCCUGCUAAUUUUCGGAUUCUUAAUCCUUGACUCCAAGAUUCUUUAUUUUUUCGCUUAUCUUUCCGAGAAAAGGACCAAUGUGUUUCGCUUUUUCUCUUUUGCUUCCGCUUUUUAAAGUUCUAAUUGGCAUAACUGGAUAAUGGCAGUUUAACCGGUAUAUUUGUUCUCAUUCCACAACUCCUGAAUUCUGCAUCUUUUGUUGGUAAGUAAGUUUAAAUCCUGAUCUGGGUCUAAUAAUAGCUAAGAAAAUUGUUAAAAAUGCCACCUUCAUACUUCCCUCUUCGCUGGGAAAGCACAGGUGACCAAUGGUGGUAUGCAUCACCGAUUGAUUUUGCAGCAGCCAACGGUCAGUAUGACUUGGUAAGGGAGCUUCUCUACCUUGACACCAAUCUCCUCAUCAAACUCACCUCCCUUCGCCGAAUUCGCCGCCUUGAAACCGUUUGGGAUGAUGAGGAACAGUUCAUUGGUGUUGCCAGUUGUCGUGCUUUAGUGGCCAAGAAGCUAUUUCUGGAGUGUGAAACAAAGAGAGGUCAUAACACUCUCCUUAGAGCUGGCUACGGUGGUUGGCUUCUGUACACUGCUGCCUCAGCUGGUGAUGUGAGCUUUCUCAAGGAAUUGUUGGAGAGAGACCCUCUUCUUGUUUUUGGGGAAGGAGAAUAUGGUGUUACUGAUAUAUUUUAUGCCGCAGCCAGGAGCAAGAAUUCUGAUGUUUUCAAGCUCCUACUUGAUUUCUCCAUUUCCCGGAGGUGUGGCCUGAACUCUGAUCAAGAGUUGGAGGAUCAGCUGGAUAAGAAUUAUUCAGAGUUUAGGCAGGAUAUGAUGAAUAGAGCUGUUCAUGCUGCGGCUAGAGGUGGAAAUUUGGAGAUUUUGAAAGAGCUUCUUGGAGAUUUCUCUUGUGUCUUUGCUUAUAGAGAUGCUCAAGGGUCUACUGUCUUGCAUACUGCCUCAGGCAGAGGGCAGGUUGAGGUAGUUAAGGAUAUAAUACCAUGUGAUGGACUUGUCGCCGCCACUGAUUAUCAAGGAAACACAGCAUUGCAUGUGGCUGCUUACAGGGGUUGCUUAGCUGUUGUAGAGGUUCUGAUACUUGCAUGUCCCUCAUUGAUCUCCAUAACAAACAAAUAUGGAGAUACUUUUCUCCACAUGGCUGUGUCAGGUUUUCAAACCCCGGGUUUCCGCAGAGUAGAUAGGCAGAUAGAGCUCGUGAAGCAGUUAGUGAGUGGUGAACUUGUAAACAUCCAAGGCAUCAUCAAUGUCACUAACAAUGACGGAAGAACGGCCCUUCACAUGGCUGUAGUUGAGAAUGUUCAAUCUAAUCUGGUGGAACUUCUCAUGACUGUGCCAUCAGUUAAUUUAAAUAUUUGUGAUGUUAAUGGCAUGACUCCACUAGAUCUCCUCAGCCAACAGCCAAGAACUGCCUCUUCUGAAAUUUUAAUCAAGCAGUUGAUUUCAGCUGGAGCGAUAUGUAAUUCUCAGGAAAAUAUGACUAGAAGUGUUAUUGCUUUCCAUUCAAGCGGGCACGGUAUAGGAUGCAGUCCUGGCACUUCUUUCAGAAUUCCUGAUGCAGAGAUAUUCUUAUAUACCAGUACUGAGAAUGCGUCAGAUGCCACCUUCGAUCUAACAAGUGUCAAUUACAGUACAUGCUUGAGUGAAGCAAGUGAAUUUGACACAGCUGAUUCUGCAAAUAAUAAGAAGUCAGCUUCUGUAAAUAAUGCAGCGAGGCACCUAAAGUCUCUCCUCCAGUGGCCUAAGAAGAAAGAGAAAAGAGAUGCUAGUACAGAGUUGGUUGACAAUUUUUCUUUAGAUUCAUUUAGCUUGUCCAGAAGUUUGGAAGAUCAUCCAAUUCCACUUAGGCAGAGAUACUCAAAGCAUUCUUGCCUUUCAAGCAAUGGAAAUGUGUUUUCUUUCAGAAGUAGUCUUCCAAGUCCAUUAACCAGAAAGAAGUUUACUGCAGGGCUAACACAUGGUGUCAUUCAAGCAAUGCCACAUUUUGCUGCUUCAGUUGAAUCACCUUCAAGUCCUUUCUCACAAUCAUCCAUGGCUUCACCUGUUUCACUAGAUAAAGAAAAGGGUGUUGAUAUUGCAGGACCCUCGAGCUUGAAUCCAUCUUUGAAGCAUAGACAACCAUCCUUGAAUAAGAAGUUGAUGAACCAGUAUUUUUGUUUCGGCGCACAGGGCCUGGCUGUGGAUAAUUCUAUAAGCUAUUCACAGAAAACUCAGAGUUACAAACGUACUGCUUCUCUGAUAGCCUGAAUUGAUUGUACAAAAAAGACUUAGAACUUGGUGAGCAGUCGUUUUAUUUUUGUUUUAUUUCGCAUCUAGCUGUUUCGUUAGAAGGAAAUUUUCAUAUUUGCUUCCACAUGUGUGAUACAUGUCCUGAAUAGAAGAAGAGAAAGGAAGAGUGCUUGAACUUUGAAGGGACACGAUGUUGUCCUGCUCAUCAUUGUCAACUCCUAAGUUUCUUGUUAUAAAAAUCUAAUUUGGUGUCCC